AUGACUUCCAAGAGAGGCGGCUCCAAUUCUGAUAUCUACAUAUGGUUUCUUCAGGUUCUAACAAUUCUAGUAUUGGCUUUCUUGGCCAUAUGGGCCACUCUAACCCCUAGAACUCCUACUUUCACCAUCACCAAUAUGGAUUUGAAGCCAUAUAUUCGAAACGACACCGCUCUCGCAACCACAAACUCUUCUUUCUUAGCCUUUAAUGUGACCAUCUCAAAUCCCAACAAAAUGAUUGGUGUUUUCUUGGAUGAGAUUAAUGUAACAAUAGGCUGCAACAACGAGAGCCUAAUUGGGUCGAGGUCGUGGUCGAAGUCAAUGGCAGGAUUUUAUUUGGGGCACAGCGUAAGUGAUUUGAAGGAGGUUGACUUGAGUGUUGAUGAUAAUGAAUUGUCAUUGUGUAGGAAAGUGGAUUAUUAUUUGAGGGUUGGGGUGGAUACGGGUGUUAGAUAUAAGAUUAUGUGGUUCAUAACCAGGCAUCAUGGGUUAGUUUUUGAAGAUUAUAUUGAAAUUGGCUACGGUCAUGGGCAAAUGCUAGGAACAACACAAAUGAAGUUAAAGCUAAGUUUUACCAAUUUGUAG